AUCCGUGCAGCGGCUCUCUCCUCAGCAUCCUCUCCUCCAGCUCGGAGUCCAGGAGAAGCUGCAUCAUCCCGGGAACAUGGACGACGUCCCGCCGAUCAUCAUCAUCCAGAUCGCCCUCCGGAUCCAGCCGAACGACGGACCCGUCUUCUUCAAGGUGGACGGAAGCCGCUUCGGUCAGAGCCGAACCAUCAAGCUGCUGACGGGCUCCAAGUACAAGAUCGAGGUGGUGCUAAAGCCCGGAACCGUGGAGGCCACCAAUAUGAACAUUGGGGGAAUUAUCUUCCCUUUGGAGCAGCAGUCCAGGGAUGAAGAGUCAGUGGUUUAUCACGGCCAAUACGACACAGAGGGCGUCCCACAUACGAAGAGCGGGGACCGCCAGCCCGUCCAAGUCAGCAUUGAGUUCAACAAGGCUGGGACGUUCGAGACGGUCUGGCAGGCCAAGUACUACAACUACUACAAGAGGGAGCACUGCCAGUUCGGCAACAAGUUUACCAACAUUGAGUACGAGUGCAAACCCAACGAAACGCGGACCCUGAUGUGGAUCAACAAGGAGGCGUUCAACUGAGCCGGACGUCAGCAGGACACACCGUCCCCCGUUUGUUUGUCCAGGUCCUGAUGGUUGUUCUGUCCUACCAGCACCCCGAUCAAGUCAGCUGUUUGCCCUUCUGGUCUCCAAAUGAAUGAAGCUGUUGGUCACAAAGUAGCUAAACUCAACACGAUGUUCACUGAAGACCA